UAGAGAACGUACUUCUAGGAAACUUUGCAAGUAUAAUCCGGUAGUCGAGCGCUUCUGUAUCCGGUGAGCUUAUGAGAUAAUAACGGGAUAGUUGAGCGUAUUAAUUAUCCUAGGAUUGCUAGUAACAAGAUAACGCGAAUAACGUGCUAUAUAUCGAUUUGGUUUAUGUUUCGUGGUCGAGAAUGAUUCCUUAAUCAAUUCCAUCUCAUAUUUGAAUUACAAUUUUCAAAAUUUCUAUAGCAAAACAAUCUUGCUAAGAGUAAUUUAAUAACAACUUUUACUUCAUACCUCUCUUGGGACGAAUCUGCUAUCAUUAUACUACUUGCUAGUGUAAAAAGUAGUAGAAAAUUAUUACUUGCGAGUUGACACCUCGUCAAAAUUGGCGCCGCUGCCGGGGAAGCAGUGGCAAGUUUAGUUGUUAUUUUUAUUUUUAGUUGUUACUUUUGCUUUUAUUUUCAAUUUCCGUUACUCAUUCAAUCCUUGAGAAUCUUAUUUCAGGUACUAUUUCUUUGGUGAAUGCUUGGAGAAAGCAAACCAAGUCCUAUUGGUAUACGUCUUCAUUCGAGCACUUUAUUAAAAUACUUCAUUCGAGCAGUGAAUACUCCAUUUCCUCCUAGUUCUUCGUCUAGUGAUUUCUCGGACUCAGACAAAGAGGAAGACAACACAAUGGGAAGUCGACCACCUGCUCCAAGAACACUCAAGGACCUCACUUCUCCAAACAUUGACCAGCAGCCUUUAUGUAUUCAGCUGAAUGGAACCAUUGAGUUGAAGCCACAAUUGAUUCACUUGCUUCCCAAAUUCAGAUGUUUAGCGGGAGAAGAUCCUAAUCGUCACUUGCAACAACUUCAUCAUGUUAUGACUAGUAUGAAGGAAGCAACUGCAGAUGCGGAUAUGGCUAUGAUGACAGCAUUUCCUUUCCCCCUUAUCAAUGCUGCAGGAGAAUGGUUCUUUUGUUUACCUCCUAGGAGUAUAACCACAUGGAACGGGAUGAAGAAAUUGUUCCUUGAGAAGUAUUUUCCAACAUCAAAAGCAGCAGUGAUUCGCAAGGAAAUUUGUGGUAUUGUGCAAAUAUCGGGGGAGACUCUCUAUGAGUAUUGUGAGCGGUACAAGAAAAUUCUAGCUAGCUGUCCACACCAUCAAAUCAGUGAUCAACUCAUUAUUCAAUAUUUCUACGAGGGAUUUCUUUCUAAUGAGAGAAAUUUGAUUGAUGCCGCAAGUGGUGGUGCACUCACUAACAAGACCAUUGCUGAAGCUGCAAGCUUGCUAGAGAAUAUGGCUGCAAACACGCAACAGUUCUUCACUAGAGAUGAACCGAUGGUAAGGAAGGUGAAUGAAGUUGGCAAUUCUUCACAUUUGGAACAUCGGAUGGGUAACAUGGAGAAGACGAUGCAACAAAUAGCAACAGCUGUCAUACCAUCAUCAUACAACGAAGAUGUUGAGCAAGCAAGUGUUAUGUACCAAAAUCAACAAAGGCCAAGAUAUGAUCCGUAUUCUAGCACAUACAAUCCCGGCUGGCGAGAUCAUCCCAAUUUCAGCUACGCCAAUAAGCAAGCUGUAGUCUCUAAUCCUCCUUUCAAUCAACAAGGUGGGUACCAAUUCUUGCAAAGGCCACGUCAAGAAACUCAAGGCACGAGUAUAGAUGACAAGUUGAAUCUUAUUCUCAACACACUGGCGCAAGACAACCAAAAGUCAGAGAUGGAUAUGAAGGACAUACGAACACAAAUGGGUCAACUAUCUACUACCGUGAGCAAAUUGGAAGCACAAGCAUCUGGAAAACUUCCUUCACAACCAUUAAAUCAUAAGAAGAAUGCCAAUGCUAUUGAGCUACGAAGUGGGAAGCAAAUAGAGAAGCCGUCAACAUCACCGGUGUCCCAUGAACCUGAUUUGGAGAAAGAAGAGGGUGAAACAGCCCCUAAAAAGGCUGACCCGGUAACAAAUUCUAACUCUAAAGCUCGUGUUUCUACUUAUGCUACUCCUCCGACUUUUCCUAGCAGGUUUGCAAAGUCGAACAAGGAGACAUUGUACCAAGAGAUUUGGGAGAUCUUUAAGAAGAUUGAAGUGAACAUUCCACUAAUUGACACGAUAAGGCAGGUUCCUCGUUAUGCAAAGUUCUUGAAGGAAUUGUGCACUAACAAGCACAAAUUGACCGGUGAUGAGGUAAUGAGUGUGGGGGCGAAUGCUUCGGUAUAUCUUCAAAAAAAAAACCACCUAAGUUGAAAGACCCCGGUAGUUUCACCAUACCAUGUACUGUUGGUAAAAUCAGGUUUGAACGUGCUUUGCUAGAUUUAAGAGCAUCCAUUAAUGUUAUGCCUGCCUCCGUUUAUGAAUCAUUGAAUCUUGGACCUCUUAAAAAUACCGGUAUUGUUAUACAACUUGCUGAUAGGUCUAAUACUUAUCCGAAAGGGGUUAUUGAGGAUGUUUUGGUGCAGGUUAACCAACUCAUAUUUCCGGCGGAUUUCUAUGUUCUUGACAUGAUGGACGAAGAUUCACCAUCGUCUACCCCCUUGCUGUUGAGUAGACCAUUCAUGAGAACCGCAAGAACAAAGAUAGAUGUUUUUAAAAGUGCCCUAACUAUGGAGUUUGAUGAUGAAAUCAUAAGUUUCAAUAUCUUUGAGGCUAUGAUAUAUCCUAGUGACGUGCAUUCCGGUUUUUCAAUUGAUAUUAUUGAUUCUCUAGCUCAACAGAUUUUUGAAUUGAAUGGUGAUGAUGAUUUAGAGAACACCAUAAUGGAGGGUUUAGGUUAUGGAAAAUACAAAGACCUUGAAAGUGAAUUGUCUAUUUGUGAUGAGCUUAAAGAGGCUGUUUUAGCUCUUAACUCAUUACAAGAAGUUCCAUAAAAGUAUAAUGCGUCUUAUGUUUCUUUUCCACUUACUAAUGAGAGACUUUUACCGUCGAUUGUGCAGGCACCUAUUCUUGAGUUGAAACCUCUUCUGGAUCACCUCAAAUACGUAUAUUUAGGUGAUAAGGAAGAGUUGCUGGUGAUCAUUGUCAAAGACCUUACCAAGGUGCAAGAGGAGAAACUUAUUCGAGUGCUAAGAGAGUACAAGUCUGUCAUUGGGUGGAGCAUUGCUGAUAUCAAAGGAAUCAGCCCUUCCACAUGUAUGCACCGAAUACUUCUUGAGAAGGGGGAAAAACCAACAAGAGAGGCUCAACGACGCUUGAACCCUCAGAUGAUGGAGGUAGUCAAGAAAGAAAUCCUGAAGUUGUUGGAUGUCGGGGUUAUCUAUCCCGUAUCUGAUAGCAAAUGGGUGAGUCCGGUUCAAGUCGUUCCAAAGAAGUCCGGAAUCACGGUGGUGAAAAACGAUGAUAAUGACUUGGUUCCCACUAGAAUCCAGACCGGCUGGAGAGUUUGCAUUGACUACCGAAAGCUCAACUCUACCACUCGAAAGGACCAUAUUCCCUUACCAUUCAUUGAUCAAAUGCUUGAAAGAUUGGCUGGACACUCUCACUAUUGCUUUAUUGACGGUUUUUCAGGUUAUAAUCAGAUUGUAAUAGCUCCGGAAGAUCAAGAAAAGACGACGUUUACGUGUCCCUUUGGCACUUUUGCGUAUAGACGUAUGCCAUUUGGCUUGUGCAAUGCUCCAACCACUUUUCAACGUUGUAUGGUAAGUAUAUUUUCAAAUUAUGUGGAAAGCAUCAUAGAAGUGUCUAUGGAUGAUUUUAGCGUGUAUGGUGAUUCUUUUGACAAGUGCUUAGAUAACCUUGCACUUAUUCUUAAACGAUGCGUAUAAACUAAUCUUGUGCUUAAUUUGGAAAAGUGUCACUUUAUGGUGAAUCAUGGGAUUGUACUAGGCCAUGUUAUAUCCUCUAAGGGGUUAGAAGUGGACAAGGCUAAGAUAGAUUUGAUUCAGAACUUACAAUACCCCACAACUGUGAGGGAGAAAGAUGUGGCUUUUGAUUGUGACAAGGAAUGCAAGGAGGCUUUUGACACCUUGAAGGACCUGUUGACUACCGCACCAAUCAUCAAACCAACGGCCUGGAGCAAGCCAUUUGAGUUGAUGUGCGAUGCAAGUGAUUAUGCAGUUGGAGCCGUAUUGGGACAACGAGAUGGUAAAGUUCCAUAUGCCAUUUAUUAUGCUUCUAGAACUCUCAACGGAGCACAAAUCAACUACUCCCUACUGAAAAGAAGCUCUUGGCCAUAAUAUUUGCACUAGAGAAGUUUAGAUCUUACUUGGUGGGUACAAAGGUGGUUGUCUUCUCCGACCAUGCUGCACUACGAUACUUGCUCACAAAGAAGGAUGCUAAGCCAAGGCUCAUAAGGUGGAUACUCCUUCUUCAAGAGUUCAACUUGCAAAUCAAGGACAAGAAGGGCAAUGAGAAUACCGUAACGGAUCAUUUAAGCAGAUUGGUUGUGUCCGAAGAAGCAAUUCCUUUGCAUGAUAGCUUCUCGGAUGAGCAACUCUUUGCGGUUAUUGGCACAACUCCAUGGUACGCUGAUAUUGUUAACUUCUUGGUGACGGGACAAGUCCCUAGUUCCAUGUCUACAUGUCAGAAACACAAGCUCAAGAAGAUUGCCAAGAUAUAUAUAUGGGAUGAACCUUAUUUGUGGAAGCAUUGCUCCGAUCAAAUGAUCCGCAGGUGCAUACUCGAAUCCGAGUUCUAAUCAAUUCUGAAUUUUUGUCACUCAUAUGCUUGUGGUAGCCAUUUCGGAGCCAAGAGGACAGCCCUCAAGGUUCUCGAAAGUGGUUUUUAUUGGCCUACAUUGUUUAAGGAAGCAUAUUCAUUUUGUAAGGCUUGUGAUAGGUGUCAAAGGACAUGCAAUCUAGGUGCUAGAAACCAAAUGCCGCAAACACCAAUUCUCGCUGUUGAGAUUUUUGAUGUUUGGGGUAUCGAUUUUAAGGGGCCUUUUGUGAAUUCCAAUGGGAAAUUUUAUAUACUUCUUGCUGUAGAUUAUGUUUCUAAGUGGGUGGAAGCUAAAA